AUGAGCGUCAAGAACAUCGUCAAGGCCCUCGAGCCGUUCACCUCGUGCGACGUCGCCGACGCCCUCUCCAAGCUGAAGGUGCCCCACGGCGGCUUCCUCCCGGGCAUCACCAUGUGGUCGCCCCGGCGGCAGGAGGGCCCCGCGAAGAUCAUCGGCCCGGCAUACACGGUCAAAUACGUGCGCAAGAACUACGAGAACGAACCGAAGCCCGCGGGCCACUACAUCGAUUCGAUCCCGGCGGGCGCCGUCGUCUUCAUCUCGGCGCCGCCGCGCAUGCCGAACGCCUGCUAUGGCGGCCUGAUGAGCACGCGAGCGCAGCAUUCGGGCGCGGUCGGCACGGUGAUCGAUGGCCGGCUGCGGGACCUGCAGGAACACCGCGACCUGGACUUUCCGGUGUUCGCGCGCGAUGUCGGGACGACGUCGCCACAGGAGAUCGUGCGCGUGAGCGAGGUCAACGGCCCGGUCCGCCUCAACAGCGAGGAGAUCGACGCCACGAUCCACCCGGGCGACUACAUCAUCGCGGACCUCAACGGCGUGGUGGUGCUGCCUCAGGGGCUGGCCGAGCAGGCGGUCGACCUCAUCGCCUCGCAGGUCGAGGCGGACGAGAGGGUGGCCGCGGACAUCAAGGCGGGCGCGACCUUCUCCGAGGCGUCGAAGAAGCACCGCGCGAACGUCAAGCAGCCGAGCAAAUCGCCAUAG